CGGAAGCUGCUGGGAACAUGGCUGGUGAUUUCAUUUUGCUUGCGGCUGUCUCUCUUCUUUCCGCCUUCCAGCAAUGUCAUUUUGCUUGGCUGGUGGGGAAAUCAAGAAUGAAGCACAAGGUCAUGCCCCCAGCUGUCACUGGGGCUCCGGAAUUUGACAGAACAUUUCGUGCACAACAAAACUGCGUGGAGUUUUACCCAAUAUUCCUGACUGUCCUCUGGACUGCAGGGUGCUUUUUUAAUCAAGAAUUAGCUUCCUUUCUUGGCGUGUUGUACGUGUUUGCCCGCUACAAGUACUUCCAUGGUUACGCACAGUCUGUGAAAGGAAGGUUAACAGGGUUUUAUUUGAAUUUGAUAAUUCUAAUUUGCUUGAUCACCCUGGGUGCAGCUGGAAUUGUUAACAGCUUUCUGGAUGAAUACCUGGACUUCAGCGUUAUGAAGAAACUACAUAAAUUGUUCUGAGGACUGGUUGGGUUUUUUAAAAUAAAUAAAUAACAUGUGUGCUUUCCCCCCGAACACCAAAAAGGUGAUAAGCUGCAUGUGAAUAAAGCAUCAGAGCUCUUUACUAACAGCCUGUUGCAAUGUAAAAUGCAUGUUUUUCCUGAGCUUUUUACACUUUCUCCUUUCCCUACACUCUUGAAAAAGAGUCAGUAAGACAGACUGUCAUGUCACAUCUGCAUUUGCAAUUAAAUGCUGUUUUCCCAUACAGUAUUGUAAACACUGAACAAAUUACUUAAAACUAAACCCAUUAAUUCACUAAGUAAUUUCACUGCAACCGGCACUGCAAGCAUCAGCCCAUCUUACCCAAAGUCCUUCAGCUUUGCCAACGCCUCUGUAGUCUUCCUUCACUCCUCUUCAUUUCCCUCAGCAGUGCCAUCCACUCUGCAGAAAUGUAAAAACACGCUUCGAUGCCGUACGCUGCUGCGAGGUCCCAAUUUCCCAAGUAUAUCCAAUCCCAUUGCAGGGGGCUGCUUAAGCAUAUACAGAAAUGCUGCUUUCCUCAGGAAAACAUUUAAAGCUGCACUUGACCCUACGUUUCGGUGGAGGCCUUUUGAUUUUGUACGCGCGUUUACAGUUCAACACACGCUCAGAGACUCUUCUCGUGGAAGUGGGGCCCUCCUGUAGGCAGAUCCCAGUCCUCACACAAAGCCUUUUGAGGACAGGCUGUACCCACAACGUGGCACUUGUGAGAGGGAGAGACGGCCCAGACAAAAAAGAAGGCACAGAUGCUCAUCUAACAAUCGGGCCUACUGCACUGUCUCCCACCAAGGCACAGAUGGCUGGGGUGUGGGAGAGACUAGACAAAUGUCCCAGCAUGGCCACGGCUCUGGGAAUCAUCAAAUGACAAUGAAAAGCAAACUGACUAUGAAAACAGUUUUCUGCUACAAUGCAGGAAAAGUCAUGGCUUACUACUGCAAGCUCAAAGUAUGCUGAUCCUCAAUUUAAACUAUGUAGAAGAACAGAGAAGUAAGGCUGUGUCUAUUUUGGUAGCUCCUGGUGAUUCAAAUCAUUUAAACAAUGCUGAAUAUACCCAUGCUAGAGCCAGCAGGCAGAAAUUUUCCUCGUCGUGCCUCUGAAGACAUGAUUUGGCCAAAAAUCCUGCACAUUUAUAGUGGUGUUCAGUCAAGUCUAUACAAUAAACGUGCUUACGGUCUUUCUAAAAGUGUAUUGAGGUUGAUACGCUGAGCACAAAAUAAUCGAGUGUUGGAUCAGGUUCAUAAUAACCUUCCAUAUGAAAAAGGUGAACACACAUGUGGAAGUUAGCUUGUGAUUAAAAGGCACGACUUAAUGUCUGCAGGUGGCAAAGGCUGAAACGGCAUUUGAAACAAUAAAAUGAAACAAGUACAAAGGUGCAAUACUCGGGUCUGAUAACAGCUGCUGAGGGGAAAAGGACAGAUUGUGGCGAUGUACAGGCCGGAGCUGACACAGCUGUGGAAAGGGCAACUCUCUGGCACUUGCCUCCAGGGAGAAAGUACAACGGGGCCAGAUCUAACAACCACAGAAAUCACUGGGAAUCCUUUCACUAGCUUUCCUUCUGAGGGCUGAAAGACAUAAAAUCCACCUACCCACCUGCCAGUGAUGCCUUUGGGCAGUCAUGGGCAGUGGGAAGUGCUGCCGCCAGAAUCAAAACCAAGGCAAAGGUCCAAACUACGGAAUGGGCUUGAAAUACGCACUGGGGCAGGCUCAGAGGUCGCUCGCUGCGUUCAAACAGGUCUUUGCCUCAGAAAUGGCUCCAUUCCAGGAUUACCUGUUGUAGUGGUCUGGUAUGUCUAUAGCUAGCUUCCCAUACCCCGUCUACUAUUCUAUUCUGUUCUGCUCCAUUCCUAUCUGUUCCAUUCUGUCCCAUCCCAUUGAAAAGAAUAAACUGCUAUUGCACAGGGACAAUUUCACAUGCCAAAAACGCAGGUGUGAGGCUGCACGGCAUCAGCCCGCAGCACAAAGCCAGAGUGCUGGGAGAUAAACACGACCCCAACAUUUUUGGAGCUGCACCAGCUAACGAGAGGACAGGAGUAGGCCUAGAGCUGAGGAUGCCACCUGUCUUCUGAGCUGCUGAUUUUUCCCCAGUAAGCCAGGACAGGAUGUCUAUGAUUGAAAAGUGCUAAAGGCUGACUCAUCUAUGAUUAAAAACAAAACACACCUAUAACAGACGGAUGCUGUCAGUGUCAGUAUUUAGUUUAACUCUAGUGAGAGCCACACCAUUUCCAGUCGGCUGAUGGAGGAGUCAGUACCAGGCUGCACAUUCAGCAUACGCUGUGGCUUGAUGCAAACAUUCAUCUGUCGGUCACGAUCAGAAACGACGAUGGUUCCUGCUGCAGCUUCGAAGCCGGUCGGUACCGAGAGGCCUCUUGCUGAAAACAUCUUCUCUCAGCAAGCCCUCUGCCAGCAUGUGCUGAGGAGUAACUGGCAUGCUGCUCCGAGCUGGGCCCGUUUCCUUUGUGCCCCAUUAUCCACAUUUAUAAUGGUAAAGGACUGACACUGAGGAAGGGGAACCUCACCUUAAGGGUUGUACGUGGAGCCACACCGACAUCCUGAAGGGCAAGCUGUGCAAACAGAGGUCCCACGCCUGAUCCCCCACAACUCCCUGGUAGGCUGGAAACAUGGAGAAAUUGGCGUUGAGCCUUGAAGGCUACAUGGCACGUUUAUCUUGAACAGGUCAUAUAAAUUCAGCAAGUCUGCAUGCACUUUCCAAAAGACUUCUGACAACACAAUUCUCACUCUGUAGUAGUAGUAGUAGUUGAUAGGGAACUACUCUAAGCAUAUGUCUUCAUGCUUCCCUGGUUUCUCCAUCUCUUCUUUCCAACAUCUACGUCCAACAUCACAUCUCCCUUCUCCCACCCCACCCCACAUCACCAAAUCUCAGCCACAGGACUGCUACAUCCCAGGCUCUCCACCUUGUGUCCUCCCCUGAAAUUCAGCACUUCCCUACUCCCUGCUUUUACUCCUCACAGGGAAUAAACACAAAAGCUUGGAGUUGUCACCUCCAACAGGCCCAAUUAUGGACCCAGUCCCCCGUAGCAACUGCCUGAGAGCAGACCUCACCCCAGAGCACACACAGUUUUGAUAGCUCUCCUUGCUCUGAGGAAGGGGCACCAGUUUACCAGCUGCUGAAGAAGCCCAGGCCAAGUGGGACAUCCCAGUACGGGCCAUACCCCGCCCGCAACGCCCCAACCCCGGCCGGGUGAGGGCAGCUCCGCGGGGUGUGGUGAGGCAGCCCUGCAGACACCCCGGGGAUGAAACUGGGCCCCUCUGAAGCCAGCUUCCCUCCUCCCCCUGGAAGAUCACCCACCGAGGCGCAGGAGUGGGGUGAGAGAUGAUCCUGUAAACCAGCCUGGUAUAUGACUCAGAUAACCAUCUUUUAUUUUGUUGUUGUUGUUGUUGUUGUUGUUUUUGUUUUGUUUUGUUUUUUCUUUAAAAGUGGUAUGUUAACAUCAGGUCUUUUUCUACAUUUUCAGAGCUCUGUACAGGUCUUAAAAGGAAAUAAGCAAUGCUUAAUGUACAAAGUAAAAACAGAAAACUAGAAAAAUCUGAAUAAAAUGGAGCAAGUUGCUGUCAGGGAUACAGUACAAAUUAGUAAUUAGACGUCAUCUGAAGUGCAAUACCACUGCAGUAAAGAUGAGUUAAGGAAUGAAAUAAAAAUACUCUAUUUUAAACAAA